AUGCUUACUAUUAACGUACCUCCUACAUCGAGGCGCAAUCCAAGACGGAAGACUCGUUAUAGUCAUGGUAAUCGCAAUGGGGAGAGAACUGAUAAUGGCCCAGUGGCAUGUGCUAUAUACGCUAGAGAGAACAAUCUACUGGGUUUACCUGGUUGGAAACGCUUUAGAAGUAAAGCAAAGAAGGAGAAGAAACUUCUUUGCCUUAUUAACCAAGCCAAGCUCAGAUCGUUCCGUGCAGCACCAAGAUACAUGUACGGAUUCGAGAUCCCGAAGGACUACAAAGAUGCCCUUCGACUUGACAAACUCCACGGCAACACCAAAUGGCAGGAUGCCACUAAAGUCGAGAUGGAUCAGCUUGCCGAGUACAAGGUCUUCAUUGAUUUGGGGAGGGGAACCCCAAUACCAAAAGGAUACCAAAAGAUUCGAGUCCACUUAGUCUAUGCCUGCAAACAUGAUGGCAGACAUAAAGCAAGACUCGUAGCCGACGGACACCUGACCGAUGUACCACUGGAUAGUGUCUACUCUGGUGUUGUUUCAAUUCGAGGCUUGAAGAUGAUGAUUUUUCUAGCUGAACUGAAUGGACUGGAACUAUGGGCUACCGAUAUUGGUAACGCCUACCUCGAAGCCUACACUAAGGAGAAGGUAGCAAUUAUAGCCGGACCAGAGUUUGGACCACUUCAAGGCCACACUCUUAUUGUGUCAAGAGCUUUGUACGGAUUACGUUUGAGCGGAAAAAUGUGGCAUCAGAGGUUUUCAGCAUGUCUAGAGGAAGAAGGAUUCUUUCCUUGCAAGGCAGAGCCAGAUAUUUGGAUGAGGCCAACUACUGACGGGUCCUCUUACGAGUAUGUGGGAGUGUAUGUUGACGACCUAGCAAUGGCAAUGAAAGACCCACAAGCUUUUGUAGACAAACUGAUCAAAGUCUACAAGUUCAAGCUGAAGGGCACAGGACCACUUGAGUUCCACCUUGGAUGUGACUUCUACAGGGACAAGCAUGGGGUACUUUGCAUGCACCCAAAGAAGUACAUUGACCGCAUGGUAGAUAGCUACCAACGCAUGUUUGGUCAAAGGCCAAAGACCAACGUGUGGUCACCGUUGGAGAAGGGAGAUCAUCCAGAAUGCGAUACAUCCGAGUUACUUGACUCUGAAGGAGUCACUCAGUAUCAAUCGUUGGUUGGUCAGUUCCAAUGGGCAGUCUCUUUAGGAAGACUGGAUGUCACUACCGCGGUAAUGACUCUGUCGAGUUUUAGAUCAGCACCCAGAAUUGGUCAUUUGAACCGUGCAAAGCGGGUUUGUGGCUAUCUAGUAAAGUUCAAGGAAGCUUGUAUCCGUUUCCGCACUGGACUACCCGAUUACAGUGAUGUCCCAGAACCUGUAUUUGAUUGGGCCAACUCUGUAUAUGGCUGUCCAACUGAAGAGAUUCCAAGAGAUGCACCACCCCCACUUGGGCUUGCAGUCAUUCUCACUCACUAUGUGGAUGCAAAUCUCUACCACUGUCUUUUGACAGGCCGGUCGGUUACGGGUAUCAUUCACAUGAUGAAUGGGACUCCAAUCGAUUUCUUUUCAAAGAAGCAGUCAACCGUUGAGACUGCUACUUAUGGUUCUGAGUUUGUGGCUGCCCGAACCUGUGUUGAACAGAUUAUGGACCUUCGGCAGACCCUGAGGUACCUUGGUGUGCCAGUCAAAGGUCGAAGCUACAUGUUUGGCGAUAACGAAUCUGUCGUGAACAGUUCUUCCCGACCUGAGGCAAAACUACACAAGCGACAUGUUGCAUUAUCAUUCCACCGUGUGAGGGAAGCAGUAGCAUCCAACAUGUUAUCAUUUAUCCACAUUGACGGUGUUCUCAACCCCGCUGAUAUUCUCAGCAAGCAUUGGGGCCAUCAGCAAAUCUGGCCAUUAUUACGGACUCUAAUGUUCUGGUCUGGUGAUACUGCUGAUCAGGAGGAAUAG